ACUAUAACUAUUAUAUACAUUAUAGACGCCACACGCGCACACCAACUACAACACACACACAUACACGCACGUACCCACGGACGGACACGCACACACGUAUAAUACACACGCAUACACACACACACACACACCUCACACGCACACGACGAGGAGACGAGUCGACAAAUUAUAAUCAACACACAAUCAACAUGGCCGCUAUGCGCCUUGCUGGAUGGACGACUGGACAAUGACCACAGCCGCCACACGUUUGCCCGUCGCGUCGUCGCCGCUGUCGCCCGUGUCCUGUUGACACCACCGCUGCGCGUCCGUGAUCCGUCUGUCGCCGCCACUCAGCCACUGCUGCUGCUGCUGCUGCUCCUGUCGCCGCCGUCACCACCACCAUCACUAUCACAAUCACUACCAUCACCACCACCAGAGCAGCUCCGCACCACGCUUUGGGUGUAUUAGAUGAUCGACGAGCGAUGGAACUGAGGGUUGGCAAUAAAUACCGGCUGGGACGGAAAAUCGGUAGCGGUUCGUUUGGCGAUAUCUACCUUGGUACAAAUAUUUCUACAGGAGAAGAAGUAGCCAUUAAAUUAGAAUGUAUAAAAACGAGGCAUCCCCAAUUGCACAUAGAAUCCAAAAUUUACAAAAUGCUUUCAAGAGCACCUGGAAUACCUAUAAUAAAAUGGUGCGGUUCCGAAGGAGAUUACAAUGUUAUGGUAAUGGAAUUACUAGGUCCAUCAUUAGAGGAUCUUUUCAAUUUUUGUUCCAGAAGAUUUUCAAUAAAAACUGUGCUACUAUUAGCUGACCAAUUGCUGGAUAGAAUAGAGUAUAUACAUAGUAAAAACUUCAUACACAGGGAUAUCAAGCCAGACAAUUUUCUAAUGGGUUUGGGUAAACGUGGCAAUUUGGUGUAUAUUAUAGAUUUUGGUCUUGCAAAGAAAUAUUGCGACAGCCGAACCAAUGAACAUAUAAUGUAUCGAGAGAACAAAAAUCUCACUGGAACUGCUCGAUAUGCUUCCAUAAAUACCCAUUUAGGAAUAGAACAAAGUCGAAGAGAUGAUCUAGAGUCUCUUGGUUAUGUAUUAAUGUACUUUAAUCGUGGUUCUUUGCCAUGGCAAGGUUUGAAAGCAGCUACUAAACGACAAAAAUAUGAACGUAUCAGUGAAAAAAAAAUUGUAACUUCAUUUGAGGAUUUAUGCAAAGGAUAUCCAAAUGAAUUUUUAACAUACUUGCUAUAUUGCCGUGCAUUGAGAUUCACCGAAAAACCAGAUUUUACUUAUUUAAGGCAAUUAUUUAGGCAGUUGUUCCAUCGUCAAGGGUUUACGUACGACUAUAUUUUCGAUUGGAAUAUGUUGAAAUUUGGAGCAAAUGGUGCUCGAUAUAGUGGAUCAGAUGAUCAAAAGAAUGCCUCGCAUCAAGAUAGCAGACGUGCAAUGCAAGACAGUAGCUCUCCUUCUACUAACGUUGUUCCACUAAAUAGUCGCGCUCAAGCUGAUCAAAGUGGAAUAAAGAAUUUUUUAUCCAAAGUUCCUCUGGUACCAAUGGAUAAUUGUUCGGGAGGUGGUGUUAUUCAACCAUUACCAACAAGAUUGCGUUAUAGUGCUGAUCCAGGUUCAGCGCGACCAGUGAGAACUCAAACUCGAAGCUCAGCAAUGGCAACAUCUGACUCGCCUUCUGUUACUCAGCCUUUGCAAACCAAGUCAGUAUCUGUGACCAGACGCAAUCGCCAUCAAACUUAAUUCUAACAAAUCCCCAAAAAUGUUUUCCCCUUAACAACAGCUAACAUAAUAUUUUUUUCCUCAACUACCAUUUUCUAAAUAAAAGCAUUAAUUUAAAUUUUUUUAUACACUACAAAAACAUAUUAACUAUGUCAGUUUAUGAAAAUGGCACCCAUUGCAUUUUUUUCACAAUUUUGCACGCAAAAUUGGAAUUGGCAUUAGAGCUAUUUAUUUUAUAUUUUGCAUAAGUUUCUAUAUUUUAGAUAUCUUAAUAAUAACCAGAAAAUUUUAAGCAAUAUGAGAGUGUUGUCUCUUGUGACUCAAUUUGAAUUAAUUUUUCAGGUGUGCUUGUGUACAUGUAGAGUUAUCCAUUAUCAAUGCAUGCCUUACAUUACUAAAAUAUUUGUAUUAAUAAUAUUUAUGGCUAAAUUUUUCAAGUAUUCUUGUUUAAAUAAAAUAUAUUAAUAUUACUGCUUAAUUUCUUAUGUAAUUUUGGUGGGAGUAUAUAGUAACUAAAAUGGUUGAAUUAACCUCGGCUCUUAAAUAUUCUACUUUUCUUAAUUUUUUUUUUUUUAGAAUUUGUUGACUUGAACACAAGGUUUUUAUGUACAUAACAUAAUUAUGUAUCAUAUAGCUUAUAACUAUAUAGAAUUUGGUACUCUUUGUAAUUUUGAAGGAGUUACAAAAAUGAUUUUAACUUAAUCUAAGAUAUAUAUGUAUUAUUGAUUUUUACUUUUUUUAACAUGUGUUGGCCCAUAGCUUUCAUGUCCUACCUUACACAUAUUAAUACUUCAAAGUCGAGAAUUUAUGUAAGAACUUUUCUUUUCUUUGUUUUGGAAGCGUCUCCGGUUCAAUGAUACCACCUGCGUGAGCCCCAAUAUGGGUCAAAGCACCGGAUAGAACGCCAAUCAUGCACCAGCAUAAAUAAACUAUCGCGUUUGAAAUUAUGUAAAUAGCCUAGCCUAUUUUUUUUUUUAUUUUUUUUUAUUUUAUUAUUUUUAGUUAUUUUUGGUUAAGAUAUACUUAAGUAUUUUUUAUGUAAUUCAAAUAAAAUAAAAAUUCAUUAAUUUAAAUUUAACAAAAACUUAAGAAAAAAGUUCAAAGAAAAAUUAUUAGAUAAAAAUUAAUAUUUAACCCAAAAAAUAAUAUGGGCAAUAUAAAAAUAUUUUACAUAAUGUUCUAAACUUUUGAAAAAAAAAUAUACAUAGUAUGUUAAUAUGGUUAUGGACUUGAAUCCAUCUCUAUAGAUAUGUACUAUAGAAACAAAUAAUCUAUGUUUUAAUUAAAUGUAAAUGUUUGUAUCCCUCAUUAAUUUUUAUAAUAAAAUAGAAAUUAUUAAUAUUAAUAAUUAAAUAUUUUAAGUUUUUGCUGUUUUAUUUAAUUUUAUUGAUUAUUGCCCUUUUAAAUUAUAAUUUUUUUUCCAUUGGCACUGUCAAAUAAUUGCAAAUUUUAGCUACAAUAAUUUUUCAUUGAUUACUCAUAACUAAUAAUUAUGGGAUUUGAUUUGGAUAGGAUUCAUUCAAUGGAAUUUAUUUAUGCUAUAUUUAAUUUCUCGCUUUGCAUCGUUCGACAUUUAUUUUUAGCAUUUCUCAGUUGUGUUUAAUAUAAAUCAAUUAUACAAAUCAACUGAAAUCCCUUUAUCAUGAAAAAAUAAUUCAUUAUUGAACAAUAUAUUAGUUUUUAAUAUAUAUUUAAAAAAAAAAAACAAAUAACAUGAUAAUAGUUCAAUGUUUUAUCUCGUCUAUUAACAAACCAUUAUAGGAAUUUGUUAACAUUAUGUUUCUAUUAAUAUGAAAGUUUUUACUACAAGUAAUACAAUACCAAUAUGUCAGUAUUAAAUGUCUUUCAAUAUUAAAUCUAUUAUUGACUGAUAUUUGUGUUAGUUACAUAUAAUUGUAAAUUGGACCAAUUAAAUGUAUCAUCUAUAGUAACAACCAAGAGUAUGUUUUUGAUUUAACAUAAUUCUUGGAUAAAUCAAUUACUGAAACCUAAGUUUAUCUUGAUUACUGAUUACAUUAUUGAUUACAUUUCAUCAAACAAAAUAAAUAGGUCUAUAUGAAAAUAGCUCUUUAUAUUAUACAAUAAUCCCCACUCCCCACCUCUAUCAUUUGUAAAUGAAAAUGUGAAGUGUAUAAUAUAUCAACAACAAUCAAGAUUCAAGGUCUAAAAUCUAUUUGUUCCAUGCUUUUUAAAAAUGACGAAUUUAUUAUUUAUAUCUUAAAUUGAAAAAAAAAUCAAUCCGCAUUAUAUUAAAUCUACAUAAACUGAAUGUGUACUAUAUGAUUUCAAUAAUUAAUUUGCUUUACAUACUCUGGUUAUUUAUUGCGGUAAUUUACACAAUACUGUUUUUUUUUUUUAAUAAUUGUGCUUUGGCGUAUUAAAUUAUUUUAACUCUGGCCGUUUAGCUUGUUAAAUGUCAGUACCUAUCCAGUUUUGGUCUUCAGGUACUCCUCGGUACACUGGACAAAAAAAAAAAUAUUCAUGAUUUUAUGUUUUUGUCUUGCAAUUUGUAAAAUAAUAAUGCUUUCCGUGAUAUCCUCGUUGAAUUUAUACACCCGUUGUGGUUAUAUGUAUAUGCAUUUUUAUUUUUUAUGGGAACUAUUUGGUGUCUAUAUAUUAGUUUAUUCCUUCUUUUUUUUACCUCAACAUGUUGUAUCUAGUAGACGGCAGAGAUGCAAUUUUACAACUUAAUAAAUGAUUAAAAUAAAAUGUUAGUCAAUUAUAUUUAAAAAAAUGUACAUUGUCAGUACGAGACAUUAAGACCCACCGUACCCUGAGACAUUGUGUCCGCCCACUCAACUAGUAGUUAUGGCAUAACCAUAACUUUUUUAUUCAAACCGUUAAAAAACCUUUGUGAUGUUAAAAAGUUUAAACGAUCAAUCUUUGUAUAAUAUUUAAUAUGACAUAUUUUUAGUUAUUUUUGUAUAUUACAUUUUUGAACAGUUUGAUUAGAAUUACAGUGUCUGAAAACUAAUAAAAAACUCAUCACAUUAUUUUAAUAUUAAGUUUAUACAUACUAGAAUUCUAACUUAAAUAGACAAAAACAUAAAUGUUGCAUUCAUGUUUUUUUACAAUUGUAAACAAUUAAUUUUUCCAAAUUUCUAUGUAUAAUUUUUUAAUUAAUAUGUAAUUAUAAUGUAAUACCGAGGUUUGUUGGUUAAGCUCUCAUUUGCCAGAUUUGUUUUGUAAAAUAAAAUACAAAUUAUACUGUCAUUUUGUAAUAUAAACUUGUCUAUAUAAUA